CUCUAAUAGACAUAUGUUUUUGUCAAAUGAAAAAGUCAAUGUCUGCCAGUGGGGUUUAGAAAGAUGUCUUUUACUUCAAAAUGCUGUAUAAAUAUUCUCAAAAAUGGCAUGAAUUUUGUUGGCCGUUCAAUAUUGUUACGAAACUCCCACGUUAUGACGCAAGCUAAUUUAAAUUGUACUGGAAGUGGUGUUAUCGGUACAAUACCAAUGCCCUGCAAUCAAACAAUAGUGGAUAAAGUUCAGCGCUUACUUGUGCCAUUCAAUACACUUUUUAAUCAAGUCGCAGGAUUCAAAGUGAAAGGACGUGUAAGGCGACGUUGUAAAGACUGCUAUAUUGUGACUCGGCAGCAGCGUUUAUAUGUUAUCUGUCCAACUCAUCCCCGCCAUAAACAAAUGUCCAUGAAACCGAAACCGCAUAAUACAUGGUUACUGACGCACGCUACUCAAUCUAAAAUAAGGCCCUAUUAAAACUCAAUUAAAUUUGUAUAAUUAUGUUUCAAGAAAAAUCAAACUAUAUUGUUAGUACUUUACAAAUUGUUAUAACGUUUAAGAGCGCUAAUACAUAAAACUAGAAACAACUAUA